ACGGACUUAUCCAUUCCAAUUCCACCCUCCCCUCUCAUCUCUCCCCCGUGGGAACGGGGGCGGCCGCACGCUACCGCUUGCGUGCGCGUAGCAUUUAACCAGCCGAGCAACUCCCCUAUCCCCACUCCUCCCCCACCUCUCCCGGUCCUCGCCCCAAUUUCUCCCCCCUCCGCCUCCGACCGAUCCCCGUCCAAUCCGCUGCCGCCCGGUCCACCCACCCGUCCGUCCCGGUUUGCUGCUGCCUGCGGUCGCGCGCGGUUGAGGAGGAAGAGGAAGGCGGGCGAUGGCCAGGAGCUCGUUCAAGCUGGAGCACCCCCUCGAGAGGAGGCAGGCUGAGGCCAACCGCAUCAGGGAGAAGUACCCUGAUAGAAUCCCUGUCAUUGUUGAGAAGGCCGAGAGAAGUGACAUCCCAGACAUUGACAAGAAAAAGUACCUUGUUCCUGCUGACCUCACAGUUGGACAGUUUGUCUAUGUCGUACGGAAGCGGAUCAAGCUCAGCGCUGAGAAGGCUAUCUUCAUCUUUGUAAAGAACACCCUCCCACCAACAGCCGCUCUGAUGUCUGCCAUCUACGAGGAGAACAAGGACGCGGACGGCUUCCUCUACAUGACCUACAGCGGCGAGAACACCUUCGGGCUGUUCUAAGCACCUGGAAUUGCCUCAUCGUGACUGCCUCCUGUAAAUAGGCAUAUCUCAAGAACCUGUCCGUGUACAUAAUCUGGUCCGCCUUUGUCGCAUGCAGCUCGUAAGCUGCGUUCCACUGAACUGUUGAAAAGUACUUUGAAGCGUAAAAUGCUCAGCACAUUUAUGUAGCCCUUUGGUUACUGGUGCCUCCUAUGCUUCAGAAACUCUUAUUAUCAAGUGUUUCUCCCUGAUGUUA